AUGGGGUGUGCUAUAAUAUUUGGCUUUCUACUGCUCUUGUGCUUGUGCACGGCAGCUCUGAUCACGUGCACAGCAGUUCUGCUCAACCACAAUAAUGAUGACGGCUCAACUAAAGUGGCAGCAACUAACAUCGGCUUAAACUACGGUCUCCUUGGAGACAACCUCCCGUCUCCGUCCAAUGUGAUCAGCCUUUACAAGUCCAUAGGAAUCACUAAAAUCCGCAUCUUCGACCCAAACACUGAUGUUCUUAACGCCUUACGCAACCACCAAGAUAUUGGUGUCACUGUUGGCGUCAAGAACCAAGACCUAGCUGCUCUUGCGGCCAGCCAAGAAGCUGUUAAGGUUUGGUUUGCAACCAACAUCGAGCCUUACUUGGCUGACGUGAACAUCACGUUCAUUACCGUUGGCAACGAAGUCAUCCCCGGAGAGAUCGGUCCUCAAGUGCUUCCAGUCAUGAAGUCUCUCACCAACCUUGUCAAGUCGAGGAAUCUUUCGAUCUUGAUAAGCACCGUGGUGGCUAUGUCGAACCUAGGACAGUCGUACCCACCUUCCAAGGCAAUGUUCACACCUCAAGGACGUGAACAACUUGUUCCCGUGCUGAAGUUCCUGUCUCAAAAGAAUACACCAAUCCUCGUCAACAUCUACCCUUACUUCGCUUACGCGUCAAAUCCCGUAAACAUCAGUCUCGAUUAUGCCAUCUUCAACACCAAACAUGUCGUGGUCGAGGACGGGCUAAUGAAGUACUCAAACCUAUUUGAUGCGAUUUUCGACGCGUUCGUGUGGGCAAUGGAGAAAGAGGGCGUGAAGAAUUUAUCCAUGGUUGUGUCAGAGACAGGAUGGCCUUCGGCCGGUAAUGGAAACUUAACAACACCAGACAUCGCUGCUACGUACAACAGAAAUUUUGUCAAACAUGUUGAAAGCGGUAUAGGUACACCAAAGAGACCAAACUGUAGCAUCCAAGGGUUUUUAUUCGCGACUUUUAACGAGAAUCAGAAACCAGCUGGAACUGAACAAAACUUUGGAUUGUACAAUCCUACAGAUAUGAAGCCUAUCUACACGUUGUUUUGA